AAGGGAGAAAUUAUUUAAAUUGAAAAUUUGAAUGCCAUGAUAAGGAAUUUAUGAUUAUCAUCUUAAAUAAUUAUUCCAGACCAAUCUAUGCAAAUCAACUACCGGUCCCAAACAUCUAUCCAGAUCAAUCCAGAACUUUUGGAAAUAAAUGAAAUCCUAAGAAAGGAUCUCACAACAGGCAUUGAAAAGCUUUAUCUCGGGAAUUUGACAUGUUGGUUAACCAAAAUAUCGUAGCUUCGCAUAUGUAAUGUAUCAUGUUUGUGUUAUGGAUGAAACUUCAUUUCGACUUUAAUAUCAAAUGUCAAAUAUUUUAUUUCAAUAUUUCCUCCAAAUGUGAUUACACAGCACGUAGCACAACUGUUUCAUUUCGCAGAGCGAAUGUCGCUGAUUGUGGUUAAAUUUCCCGUGUGCAACAGGAAAUGAAAUGAACUCUGGAAGCGAGCAUAUACACCAACUUUUCCGAUAUGACAGACAUUCCUUCGCAUGUACACUAAACGAAAACUACUUUUCCACAUCCAUCUAUUCCAAAUAUUUUCUGGAUCAGAGAGAUAAAAGUCAUUUAUUAAAAAGGUAACGUACACAUGCAAAAAACGGUGGUUGAGUAGAACCGAAAGGAUGCAUUCUUCAUGGUUGACCGUGUCAUUGUUGACGACAAUCGUUAUUGUCAUGGCCCACGCCCAACAAAUAAAAAAAGACCAAAGCGAAGAUGAACAUCAUCACCCAAACCAAUUGCUUGCCCUCUUGUCAAAGUCAACAGAGACAAAGGCCACCACCGCCGGAGAAAGUGGCGACUUGACUGAACCACAACUUUACACAAGAACGUUUCUGGUCGGACAAGAUUUAUCUCGCGAGCUGUAUCAAGAGCUAUGUCCACAUCCAGAUGGAAAAGCAGUGAUUCAUGGACUUUGUGCCCUCACCGGAGAGUGCGGACCGGCCAAUGUUACGUUUCGGAGGAAAUGUGACACUGAAUCGAGUCGUGAAUGCAAAUUUGUCCAACCCGAUUGCAAAAGGGCACUUUUUAGUGGUACGCAAUGCCAUGUUUCUUCACUCCUUCGACCUAAAACUAACCAUUUUUCAACUUGA